AGCCAUACUAAUAACGACAGUAAUGACACGACCACCUCCUCCGUCCUAAAGCCCCUGUUACCUCUUUGAGGCUGUGUGCCAGCCUUCGUUCCAAGCCCCUCGCGUACCUCAGGUGCUGGAAUCCUCGUAGGAACCCUACCAGGCGGGCGUGCUAGCCCCGUGUUACAGUUGAGGAAGCGGAGAAGCAGCUAGGUGAACCGACUUCCUCGCAGUUACGGCCGUCAGGAAAAGUUGGAAGAAAGUCCAAUUCCGGAGCCCGUGUUCUUAGCUGCUAAACUAAACCCCCUGCAUUUUGGCAAUGAUCUAAUCAUGUCAGAGAAAGAUGAUACUGAGACUCCAGUGAUAACUGAAGCAGCCUCCACCCUUGAAGAUGGGAACUGUGAGCCAGUCAAGAAUUCUGAGUCUGUUGACCAAAGUGCCAAGCCAGAGAAUAAAUCAGAACCUGUAGCUAUCACUCGGAAAAGACCAGAGUCCAAACCUUCCAGUGACCUUGAGACUUCAGAAGUUCUCCCUGUUGAGGCAUCACAGGCUGUAGGCAAAGAGACUGUUUCCAAAGAUGUACCUCAGACUGGAUGGGGAUAUUGGGGCAGCUGGGGCAAGUCCUUACUUUCUUCAGCCUCAGCUACUGUAGCUACAGUAGGACAAGGUAUUUCAAAUGUUAUUGAGAAGGCAGAGACUUCUCUUGGAAUUCCUAGUCCCAGUGAAAUUUCAACCGAAGUCCAGUAUGCAGCAGGAGAGACAAACGCCAAAGAGAAUGCAAACUCCUUCCCAUUGACUGGGCCAUUUGGUGUAUUCUCAACCAUCUCUACUGCUGUUCAGACCACAGGAAAGAGCGUGAUCAGUGGGGGUUUGGAUGCCUUAGAAUUCAUUGGGAAAAAGACAAUGGAUGUAAUAGCAGAAGGGGAUCCUGGAUUUAAAAGAACCAAGGGUCUGAUGAACCGGAAUUCUACAUUGUCUCAGGUUUUACGAGAGGCAAAGGAGAAAGAAGAGCUAUGGACCUCCAAUGAUGUUGCCUUGGAAACGGACAAGAAAACUCAUUAUGGGCUCCUCUUUGAUGAAUUUCAAGGCCUUUCGCAUCUGGAAGCUCUGGAGAUGCUUUCCCGAGAAAGUGAAAUAAAGGUGAAAUCUAUUCUUAAUUCUCUAAGUGGAGAAGAAUUAGAGACUCUAAAACUUGAAUUGGAGCAACUCAAGGAAGCAUUUUCCCUAGCAGAGUUCUGUGAAGAAGAGGAAGAAGAGAAAAAAGGGGACGAAGACUUUACCAAAGAGAUAACAGAUCUAUUUUCCCAGCUGCAUGUCUCCUCCAAACCCGAGAAACUUGCCAGGGCAAGAAAUACUGCCUAUGAAUGGAUCAAUACAUCUCUGGCUAAGCCAUUAGAAGAGAAGGAAGAAGGAGAGAAACAGUUGGAAACAGAAAAAACGGACCAAAUCAAUAAAAAUUCAAUAGAGGAUAUUCAUGCAUUUGCAAUCCGGAGCCUAGCAGAACUGACUGCCUGCUCAAUUGAACUGUUUCACAAAACAGCAGCUCUGGUUCUGCAUGGCCAGAAGCAGGAAGUGACCGCCAUAGAAAGGAGCAGAGCUCUAUCCCAGAUGACAGUUGUGUUGUGUAAAGAGUUGUCUUCUCUGUCCAAAGAGUUUACUACCUGCCUAACAACUGCUGGGGUCAAAGAAAAGGCAGACAUCCUUAAUCCGCUCAUCACUGCAGUAUUUCUAGAGGCCUCAAACAGUGCUUCUUAUAUUCAAGACGCCUUUCAGCUGCUCUUACCUGUACUGGAGAUCUCUCUCAUUGAGAACAAAACUGAAUUACCAGAGGAAUGAGCUGCAGGCCCAGGGCCUUUGUCAGAAAUUGAAGAACAGAGAAGAUUCAACCCAAAACUUGUGACAGCUAAGAAAUGUCACUUUCUUUUGGGUACCCCUGAAGAAGUGAAGGAGAAAGGAUUAUUUUAGUGUAUAAAAUUUAGGCAGGAGAGCAGGUUUAAAGGAGGUUUGUUGCCUUCACUGCUUGGCUAAAAUAUUCAGGUCUUCAUACUGCCCUUCCAAGUUAUUAGAAUUACUAAAUUAUUUGAGAAGAAACUUUUAUGGGAAGUUCAAGAAUAAUAGCUCUAGGUAAAGGUUAAUGGGGUAUCGGGCAAAAAUAUUGGUCUUUCUUGGACAUGAUGCAAAACACUAACAGUUUUGUUAUGGUUCUGUGUGAUUUAGCAGCCCACUGAUAGAAUUGUUUGUGAAGCAAGAGAGAAACAACUUAAUUUAGUAUUCUAGAAUUCCUGUGCUUGAUCUCUUGAUGCCAUUACCUUUCUCCUUUCUGUAAUAAAAUAUGUGGCUUUAGGAAAACAGUAUAUAGAAAUUGUAAUGAUUACCUAAAUUCUUUGGACUUGGUUAGAAAGUUUCAUGUACUCUUUAAUGCUAGUAGUUGUUAUGGCAUGGAGGAGAAACAUCUGAAGUAUACGCGAAGCCACAUGAAUUAACUACGGCAAAGUGCCCUUUGGCUUCAAAUUGUUCUCCUGUCCUAAGGUGACAAGCUUCAAGUUGUAGUUGAACCCACUCAACUGGGUUCCAGACAAACAAGUGCAACUUAAAGAACCAUUUCAUGUUUGCGGGUAUUCUGAGUCUCUCCAGGGUUUCUUUCGUGCAUACCUUAUGUGCAGGGUAAAUUCUGUAACAGCCAGCUCCAAAGGAGUAUUGAAGCUCUUUUAGUAAUGGGUUUUUGUUAUUUAAAUAUUGUUGAAGGGGAUUAUAGAGUCCCAUAGAAAUCAUUUGGAACAGGAUUUAACCUGUAAGACACAAUAUGUUUCUCCUUAUUCUUUUUUGUUUUGGUUUAAUGUAUUUCUUAGCAUGUUUAUAAAUAUAACUUUUAUCCUUUAAAUCUUAAGCCUUCCUUUGCUCUCUUCAACAAUGUAAGAGGCCACUAAGGUGUUAUCUUCCUAAAAGUUAAUUGGUAUCAACUCUUUUUAAAAAAUUCUCCCAACUUUAUGGUUGGAGGUAAAUAUUGUGAGCUCUACUGCUCAUCUUCUAAAAUCUUUAAAUAAAAUGUAAUAAUUAUGUUAAUUGAUCUUUUACUUACUUAUUUUACUUACUUUUCCAAAUAUAAGCCCCAGUAUUUUUUUAGACCACAGAAAUAGCAAAACAAGUCUCUAACAUUGACUGAUCUCAACACUAUUUCUAUGUAAUUGCCUUCUUUGGGGGAAGGGAGCAGUUUGGAAGCAAGGAGGAAAUAAAUAGAUUUGGGCUAAAAAGAUACUCCAUUAGCACUAAAAUGUUACUCUGCUUAUAUUCUGUUCUGAUAUGAUCCCAAAACUUUUGGAACAGUUCUUUUUAAGAUAAAUCUCACCCUUCCCAAAGUAAGUAAUUCUGAAAUUUCAGAAAAAAAAACAAAAACAAAAACAACAGUUGCCUGUGGUUACUAAAGCUGGUGUCCCCAGUCCUGAUUUGUUGCCUCAAGCCCAGUUUCUGUGUCUGAAUCUGGUUUCGAAGCUGCUCACACCACUGACCACCUGUUCAGAUGCUUGUACAGUUGUGGCUUGCAGUUUUUACUUUACAGUCUAGAAACAUAGCUAAGGUUUUUCUUUCAAGGAGAGGGAUAUAGAUAUGGGGACAGACCAGUGACUCUUUUUAUGCAUCUAUCCAGAUAUGCACCUGAAUAUGACCAGUUUUAGGUUAGAUCAUGCAAAAGGCAGAUGUGAAUCACUGCCUCUUUUUUCUUGCUUAUCCCUCUGGUCAGCUUCCCUCACCCACCCAAAUGUCCUUUUAAAGAUUUAGGAGACCAUCAGUGAAACGAUGAAAGGACCAAUUAAUUCUGAAUAACAAUUGCCUACCUUUAACCUGAAUAUAAUUAAAAAGAAUGAAAGUUCCUUGAUUGAGUAGAGAGAAGAAUAAGAGCAUAAAAAUUCUUUGGCAGGCAAAAAGGUAAACUCAGGGGAUGCUUUGAAACUUACUGGAUUAUGGCGCGGAGUUUUGGAUGGUGCAUGCUUCAUUCUGUUUGGGGUGGAUACAAGAUGUUUCCUGAUGAUA